AUGAAGCUUCAUCCGAUCCCUGGGUUUGUUGUAAAGACGCGGACGGCCCAAGGAGAGAAGUGUUUUAUAAAUUUAUGCUCGGAUGAACAGGUUCCUCAGCCAGACACAUUAGAUGCUUCAGAAAUUGUCUUGCGGAUACAGCAGAAUGUCGACUGGAUCGUACCCAUUGUUGUAUCGCCAGAACGAACUAAUCGGGACAAGGCUGGCAACCCAAGCCGUGUAUGGGAUUGUUGCAUGAACCCCCAAGUGCUGAACAUUGGAGUUGUGGAAUCAGGCAUCAAGCUAUUGACUAUUGAGACGUGUCUUGAGCUGGUUGAAGAUGCAGCAGGUGUGCAAUUGGACCGACAGUAUAGUAUUCCAAAAAUGAAGUCAAAAGGUCAAUUGAGCAAUACAGAAGUGUCUGAUGAGAGUUUUGCCAAACCAAAGACUUUGGAGGAUAUGCUCGCCGUGAGUGAAGCACCGGUCGCACCGUCUUCCAAACCUGCGGUUCUCAUUGAAGAGCUAAGUGAGACCAAACAGGACUAUAGCCAUCACAUUGUUUAG